AUGGAAGCCAGCGAAGAGUCUGGCGAAGAGGAUGAUAACGACUCCGAAAACGACGAAGAUGACGAAGACGAAGAUGACGCCAGCGAUAGCAUGAGCGUGGAUGACGAGGCCGAGGCCGCAGAGGUUUUGGAAUCAGCAGCAGCAAAAAGUAAGGCCGAGGAGGAGGAUGGACGUAAGAGAAAGCGGAAACAACGGAAUGAUGACGAAGAUCUUGAGGCCAAAUACUUUGAGCGUCUUCAGGAGGAUGAUGAGGAGGAGCGAUCUGGGAAACGGCGCAAGGAUGCGAACGGGAAGGCUGCGGCCGUUGAGAAGACUGAGAAGACCGGCGACAAGGACUCAGACUUGGACUCAGACGCCGAGGUCCCCAAGCACGAAUCUCUGACAGCCAACGAUGCAGCUUCAGAGCUUGAGAAGGCAAACCGCACCGUAUUCCUCAGCAACGUCUCCUUGGAGGCGACCACUUCGCGCACAGCCAAGAAGACUCUUUUAAAGCACCUUGCCUCGAUUUUGGAUCCGAAAGCCGACCCUCCCCAGAAGGUGGAAUCUAUCCGCUUCCGCUCAACAGCUUUUGCCACUGCUGCUAUCCCUAAGCGUGCGGCGUUCAUCAAGAAGGAGGUUAUGGAGGCGACAACAAAGUGCACCAAUGCCUAUGCUGUCUACAGCACCCCUGAGGCCGUUCGUCUUGCAGUACAGAAGUUGAAUGGCACUGUGGUGUUGGACCGCCAUCUCAGAGUGGACAGUGUCGCCCAUCCAGCCCCCGUCGACCAUAAGCGCUGCGUUUUUGUUGGCAACCUCGGUUUCGUUGACGAUGAGACUGUACUGAACGUCAAGGUUGAUGACGAGGGUAACCAAACGACUACGAAGAAGAAGAGGACCAAGCAGCCUAUGGAUGUCGAGGAGGGGCUGUGGCGCGUCUUUGGCAAGGAGGCCGGCAAGGUCGAAAGCGUCCGGGUUGUCAGAGACAACGUCACCCGUGUCGGCAAGGGCAUUGCUUAUGUCCAGUUCUAUGACGGAAACGACGUCGAGAAGGCCAUUCUGCUGGAAGGAAAGAAGUUUCCCCCUAUGCUCCCCCGCGAGCUCCGCGUAUCGAGAUGCAAGGCUCUUCACAAGACGGCCAGGGCUUUGGAGGCGAAGCACGGCAAGGCUGGUCCCCCAUCAAAGGGAGAUCGCAAGGGCAGGAAGGGCUCCAGCUAUGUCCCCAAGAUCACACCCGAAGACAAGACAUUGGCUGGCAGAGCGGGUAAGCUGCUUGGUAGAGGCGGUGCUGCCAAGUUGACUGGCGGGGACAAGAAAAAGGACAGGAAAGACAGGCCUCGUCGGGAGUCAGCUGGUGCUCCGCAAAGCCAACCUAGUGGCAUUAGACCACCAGAAGACUUUGUCUUUGAGGGUAAACGCGCAAGUGCCAAGGACGGAAAGCCAAAAGACCUGAAGUUCAAGGGUGCCAGAAAUGGUGAGAAGAGAGGGUACAAGAAGAAGACGGGCCCAGGUGGCCCGACUGGCAGAGGUGCUGCGAGAGCGGCCAAGUGGAGGGAAGGUGGCGCAAAGAAAUAA